AACGCGAGCCGGAGGUGUCUGUCUGAUGGCAAAUGGGAACUGUAUGGCGACAAAGAUGAAGGCAAUUAUAGUGACUGCCAGUUCAGUGAAAGUGUUCAGCCUUUAGAUGAGAACCAAUUGAAUGAAAUAUUUGAAGAGAUGGUUAAACUGGAGCCCUCGCCGUACAGUGAUAUCAAUACCGCUCAUGCUUUUGAAGACUGUAUCGAUAGAGUACUCAUUGGCCCGAAAACCCAAAUAAUCCAUGUGGCCGUUCAUUACUUCAUGGUUUGCAACUACUUCUGGAUGUUUUGCGAAGGACUAUAUCUCCACACAUUACUCGUCGUCGCCUUUGUAUCGGAAAAUAAAAUCCUUAAAUGGUUUUAUUUGCUGGGAUGGGCUGUUCCUAUAUGUAUGACUGCUAUUUACGCCACUCUUAGAAGCAGAUCUCAUGAUCCAAAGGAUACACAUUAUUGUUGGAUAGAAGAGGGAACCUAUAACUUGCUGUUAACGGGUCCGGUCUGCAUGUCUUUAUUGGAAAGCGGUUCGGGCGACACUAAUCCUAAUCCCAUUAUUGGGUCUGCAGUUUAUGUUAACCCCAUUCAGACCCGAGACGAGGACUACAGCCGAAAAAGUGUACGAAAUAGUUUCGGCAAUCGUGACAUCACUUCAGGUUCAAUCUAA